AUGGUGCCAUCACAGCCUCAGCCACGACAGCAGAAGCAUGGCUGGUGCAACAGCGCGCGGCCACUGCGCCAAGUGCGGCGGCGGCUCUGUGGUUCUCCGUUGAGAGCAGCGUUCAGUCUGCUUGCCGUGAUGCUCGUCAUUGUCGGUCUGAUCAUGGCCACGGAUCGCAAGCGUAUGCUACAUGUUCUACAAGAUAAAUCUGACAUGAUUGCCAGGCAGCGCAUCCACCAACGAGAUGUCGUGGCCAAACUUGGUCCACUGGCGGUUCGUCAAAACUUCCAGCAGUUGGCCAUUCCGCUCGAUAUCAACUCGUCUCCGGAAACCAUCCAAGAGCAACUCAAGACGUUGCGUUCGCUAGUUCCUUCCAUUGAGCAACCAGCACGCCGAAGCCGAUUGCAGGCCCGCAUCGCUCAGCUGGUCGACUUGCACAAUUCUGCACUCGUGCUAGCAGACGCGGUUGCAGCAAAUCGAUCGCUGGCCAGUGCUGCCGCAGCUAGCGCAGCUGUUGCGGCGACCACCAUUCCACGCAUCCCGCAACGCUUCAACGUCCAACCAGGACCAUUCGCCCACCCGGCUCCUGUCAAGCAUGCCGGACCACCGCCCGACCCGAUCGAUCCCGCAAACGCCCAGGCAUUACUGGCACUUGCGGCAGCUCGGAAAGGCCUCGGUAGCAGCGUGGAGCGCCAGGGUCUGCCACAGCGGAUGGCUCGUCCGAUGGGGCUGGCCGACCGUGCGCAAGCCAAGGCCCGACAGCCCGUCAAAGCCGACCCCAACAAAAACCAAGACAUCUCCGACACUUUGCCUGCGGCAGCAGUUCGCGCACCCAACAUGCAAGACGUCCCCUUCUCGCCAGAGGAGGCCAUUGCUCUGAGCUUGACCUGCAUCAAUCCAGAGGCGCUUCAAGACUGUUGCAAUCUGCGCGUCAAGCCGCCCGCUCAGCUCUCAAACAGCGCACUCUUUUUCACCUACACUGGCGUCGAGCCAUUGUACAGGCCGCCGUCCGCGCGCACAUUCUUUUCGCCCGAGAGUAUUCUGAUUGCAGUCACAAGCUCCGAGGCCAAAUACAGCCACAGCGCGCUCGCCAUGAAUGCGACGUGGGUCUCUGUUGCCAGAUCCCUUGGCAUGCGCGUCAUUUUCUUUGGAGCAUAUCCUGCAUCUGCGCUGCCCGGAAUCGGCUUGCUCCCUGCAGGAGAGAGCGAGGCGUCUUGGGCGUCCCGCGGGCCGUUCCACGAACAGAGGGUGCUCGACAUGUGGCAGUGGGUCGCGUUGCAGGCUCCGGCCGAUAUUGAGUGGGUGUUCAAGGUGGACGACUCCACGUUCGUCAACCCGCUGCACUUGAUCGUGGACGUCAUUUACCCUGCAGCCAGGCAAUCCAAGUACUUUAACGUGCCAAAGGUGCCAAGAGAGUUGAAUCGACGUCGUCAUGUCGAGCCGUGUAGCGCGGGAUGCGAGCACGUUUAUCUCGGCCGCGUCGAAACACUGCCAAGCGAUGCGUUGCAAGUCGCCGCUUCAACCGGCGGCUACUUGCUCAGUCGAUCCAGCGUUGAUCUGCUAGCAUACUUGCGAGCGCUGCACACCAGCACUGCCGCAAGCCCACCUCAAAACUCAACCAGAAAGGAGGCUGAUUUGGCCAAGUUGCUGCAUCGAGUGGAACAUUGGACCAAGCGUGUCAAUCCGAGCGAUCGACCGCGGUACCAAAAUCUACUGGAGGCCAGCCAAUCUUGUGGGCCCACCGAGCGGGACGACGAGACAGUGGCACGAUGUUUGAAAGCAGCAGACGUUCUGCCGACACACAGCGACUUUCUCAAAACCGAAACGCCUUGGGCUGCCGACCAGCCAGUUGACUUGCGCGACCCACCCAACACUCCCUAUGCAACCCAGCAUGGCGUCGCGCUUGCCGAUGUUUGGUGGAUGCACAGGUCGGCAUGGGGAAUCUGCGUUUUCCAGCCCGAAGCAUAA